AUGGCUUCCUGGAUGCAAAGCUCGAGCCUGGCGGUCGCACGGCGACGCAUGUGCCUCCUUCGCACGCAGCUGGUGGUGCUCGUCACCAUGUCAGCAGGUCUUUGGGCGAAGAUCUCUGUUGGGAGCCAGCCGUUCAUUGCAAGUGUACUGUUGGGCCUGGCCACACGGGUCAGCUGUGACCCUGCUCGAACGGAGCUGCUGAGACUCGCGGGACUCGUAAGGGCGGAGUUGUGGGAUGUGGCGCUUCGCUGCCUCGAGGCGGUGGCCAUCAUUGUUCUCACCUUCCUCGUGUCCCACUUCCUCCUCCUGGUCGCGGCGACCAGGUCCGGCCCUUCGCUGGGACCCGGGUGGGUGGCCUUGCCGAAGAUGGCUGAGACACAGCUGUGCGAGCAAGCCGUGGAAAAGACGCAGGACUGCGUCCAAGAAAUUCCCAUCCAGGCCUUCAUCUUCUGCGCCCGACUGGGACAGGUGAACCUUUCGGACGUGACCAAGAUUGGGCCAGAGCCGGCUCCUGAGCCUCCAUGGAAGCUUCAGCUCUUUGACCAGUCUGACAAGUCCAACGCCUCGCACACGCGGUGCUCCGCACGCCGUGCGGGUGGAGCACACGAGCACCGCGCCCGUCGGAGCACCUUGGGACGCCGUGCAGCUGCUCGCGUAGAGCAAAAGGAGUGGCUGCGCCAUGGUGCGUGGGUUGUGAGAGUGGCAGAAUGGUGGUAUAAGUUGAGCCUUUGGGCCUUUGGGCAGUCGAUUUGGUGUCGGAUUUGGUGGAUGUCCCUGAGGCCAGGCCGGGUGAGUGCCGUGCGGCCCGUGCCCUUGGAGAUUCCGCGACCGCCCUAUGUCGACAGUCGAGGCCCGGUGCCGCAUUGGAGACCAGAGGUCGAGUUGGAUCUCCGCUCUGGCUUGCCAAGGCAUCCCUUCAUGUACUGCAAGGAGGUGAAGACUCCUGAGCAAGUGGGGGCCCUCUCAGUGCAGCAAGGAGGACGCAGUUUGACCCAAUUGGUCGAUGAGAGGUGGAUCAGAUGCGUCAAGCGUGUUCCAUUGCGCGAGAAGCGUUGGCAGCUGGGUGACCGAGCCGUGUCGCAGCUGCUCCAGAACCCUGAGAAUCUGCUCGGAGCGCAAAUUCGGGUCGUGACCACUUUCGGGGAAGAGAUCGAGGGCGAACUCUUUUGCGUGGACAUCGGCGGUUCAAACUCGGUGGUCUUGUGCCAGAGGCUAGAAAAUGGCCACGUGAAUUACAAGUGGACCAAAACAAACAUCAUCAGGGAAGUGGUAGCCACAGGGAUUCCUCCCACUGGAGUCUUGGAGGAGCUACCCAGCGUCGACCUGGACGAGUUGGAGGCCAAGGCCCUUCAACUCGAGGAGGAAGCCUCCCAGAAUGCUGCCCGCUUUGGCGUGGGCGUCACGGAGCAGGCACAGGACUGCUUUGACGCCUUAAGCAAAACCAUGCAGGUGGAGUGGGAGGGCGAGGACAUCAAAUGUAUGGGCUGUAAAAUCUCCAAACCCUACGAUCCCAUGAAGAGCAUCAGCGGCCCGAAUCCACAGACCGUUGAUCGAGUACGUAAAGUGCUGCAAUCCGAACUCGGAAGGAUGCAAAAGAAGAGCGGGAAGUGA